GGACGAAAAUAUACGACGAGACUUUAUCCUUGCACGAAUCUGCGCGAGGGCACACCCAGACCACCGCCCUUCACGCUGAAAACAUGCUUCUAUCAAAUGUAAAAAUGUCUGGGUCUGGAAGAAUACGCGAUUUGUCAUGCAGCUUUUCCAUGACCCAUGAGGUCUGGAAUGCAGGACCUAGCAUGACAGAUUCUGUGCGAUCUCUCCCAUGCCUAUCCUGCAUGAGAAACUCCCUCCCGACUUGGUCAAAACUGGGCGACUUUUGGUAAUCAUGCAACACAGAUUUUUGCAUGCUUCAGAUUUAGCAUGACAAGUUGCAUUCUUCCAGACCCAGACAUUUUUACACUUGAUAGCUUCGGAAGCUGGACCACUGCAAGACGCGCGGGGGCGUGGUGUUGCUGCAGCCGGAGAACUAUCAAAUGUAAAAAUGUCUGGGUCUGGAAACUUGUGAUGCUGGGUGGCAUCUCAUGAUGAGGCCACAAGUGCUGGCUCAGCAUGACAAAUUUCUGAGCUUGUAGGUGUUGCCUAUUCUGCAUGACAAACUGCGUUUCUGCAUCACAGAAGAGUUGAGCUCUUCGGUAAUGUGCAUGACAGAUUUUAGAGUUAUGUCAGACAAGCAUGACAAACAUGCAUUCUUCCAGACCCAGACAUUUUUACACUUGAUAAGAACCGGUACAGUGUGCAGCUGAAAUUUUACGAGCUGGCGCUGGAGUGGAAGGAAGCGCGGGAAAAGUUGUUGAAGAGACAAAAGGACUUAGAAGCGGCAUCUAAAAUGUCGUCGGCCGAAGCCGAACGACGAGAAGUCUUGGACGACGAGGGCUUCGAAGACGCCGUGGAGGUGGAUUCGAGUAACGAACAGGCGCAGAUUUCUACUUUGAUGCAGGAUACAGUCGCCGCUAUGAAGAGAACUGUUACCGCUUUGCAGAAGGUUCUGAACUUGCCCUCCAUCACGAUCAUCGACGAAGCGGACCAGAUCUUGGCCCCGACCAACCAGAGCCUAUUCUCCUACGGCAAGGGGUCGCCUCUGUCCGACCGGCAGGAACGAAUUCUGGCCAUCCACACCGUUUUCAAAGCAGCCACCCUGGUCGUACAACGAGAGCAGACGACCACGAAGCCGCAUCAUGCUGGGGCUGCGCAGCGCGCAAGAGGCAGAGCAGAAGGCAUGCGCGAACAACCGAUGGAAGAACAAGCGCAAGUAGGACGACCCUUGAACCAGAAGCUUGCGGAUGCUGCGCGUGCGGCGUUCAAAAACUUCGAGACGGA